CGCCGCACGUCCGCGUGGCUCGAGAUGGCGCUCAGCACCGACAGCGACCCCAGCUGCGCCGCAAGACAACGCACGGUCCAGACCUCAUUCACCUGUGCAAGACAGUCGAGAAAGACAUUCAACUGCGCAAGAUCGUCGUUACAACAAGCGAUUCAAGGAUCUUUGAUUACAUCUGCUAUUAGUUAUAUUCCCUCGAAUUAAGCAAGAUGUCAAGUGAUCUGAGUGGUUAUUUAGAUGUAAAAGUGCCAGCUAAAGUUCGGAAGAGAGGAUUCACUCCAUGGAAGGCAUGGAAGAAACAGUGGUGUGUAGUUCUUCCAUCUGAAAACUCAGGGGUAUGCAUUCAAAUAGGAAGUAACUCAUCAAAUACUAUUCACAUUUCAUCUGAUUCUACCUUCUGUCACUCCAGCUCUCGAUCACGUCAGUUUGCUUUUGGUGUCUAUACCAAUGUUGGGCAGACCCGUAGGCCUCUUAUUUUUCUUGCCGGAAACUCUGAAACAGAGACUCAAAAAUGGAUGGCUCAUAUACGCAAUUUACUUCAUCCUAAACAGCCUUUUGAUAUAUAUGCCCAGCAUGGAGAAGGCACGUUUUCAGUGUCCUUGAUUGAUAAUACUCUCACGCAAUCAGCUGGACUGAGUGGUUUUUAUGGUGUAAUGACAGUAGGAGCAUGUCAUAUAAGUUUGAGUAGAAACGGCUCAGAGGAAGCUGUGGCCUCUUGGGACUGGUCUCACUUUCAUCAGUUUCAUUUGGCAGCCACUGGCAAACCAGAAGAUGAAAACAAGAUAUGUGUGAUACAUACCAGCAGUGAAUUUCCAGCUGGCCCUGGUCAAAUGUACAUAUUUUGUUUACAAGCACCUCAGCUUCUGGAUUGCCUAUUACGUAGGGGACAGAUUAAACAACUCCUUCCGCAACCAGUCUCUCUACAAAACUCGCGUCGCUUGAGUCGCAGUGAAAGUGAUCUAAGAUGCUAUUGCAGUGUUGCUGAAGCGACAGUAGGAAGUCCUAGCAAGUUCUUGCGUCAUCCUGCAUUGAUUCGAUCACAUAGUGGAUCCCGUGAUUCAGGAGUUAGAGUAUCCACAGCCUCGGAUGACUCAGGCCAUGAUAUUCAAGGCAAAGUGGCCAAUAGUCUUAUAUCUGCUGGUCUAGGAUUGCUGUUUUCAACCCCAGGUUGCAGUGAGGCAGACAAUGAAUCUCUUCAUGAAUAUCAACACAUCGGAAGUUGUGAAAGUGACGAAGACAUUGAACAAGUGGCUGCUCUCUUUAGAACUAAUUCUGUGUCUAAUACCUAUUCACCUCGAAGAGAAUCGGGUAUCUCUCUUGCAUCGGGAAUUUAUGAGGAAAUAAUGGAUGAUGUUUUCCCUGUCAUGACAGAUGGGCAGACACAGAAUCAUUACGAAAAUCCAGCCUCCUUAGGAUGGAGAAAAUCAUUAGAAGAUAAUUCCCCUCCUCCUCCGCUUCCUCCAAGGAAGCAUAAAUUCCAUACUCAAGCUAAAUGCAGCAUGAGUGAAGAGGCGCUGGACGAGAAGAGCAAAAGUCCUCCGACCAGCCGGUUUCCAUCGCUGAGUGCGUUACGACAAGGAUCGUUUCCCGGUUACUCAGCCUCGUGCUCCUCCUUGGCCUCUUCUCCUCUGCCGCCAAUUCCGUGGAGCAAGUGGUCUGCGAGGGGCCCGCUGCCCCCGGAGCCUGAGCCAGACUAUGUGCCCAUGUCUCCUCGGGGUGCACCCAUCCUUCCUCCUACUCCCCCACCGGUUUCCCACGAGGAAUCUCACUACAUGGUAAUGGCAAGUUUGAAACCAUCAUGACGUCAUACAUUGCUACGAAUGAAAUGUGACUUUCUUGCUUGGACUUUUCAGCUUGAAGUUGAUAAUAGCUGUGAUAUUAUGAAUCAGAAUCACUCGAAAUAUUUCAGUGUAUUUCUUACAAAUUUCUCAUUUCUUUGUUUUAUUCAAUAUUUCUAAUAGUGUGCCACUUGAACUUUGUAUUAGUAUUUUCCUCUGUGUGUAAAUGGAUGGCAUGAUACAUAUAUUUGUUUUUCGAAAUUCUGGCAUUGGUCAGAAUGGCAUUAAAUUAUUUCUCUUCAUCUUCUAGUUUCUCUGUUUUUGGACAUAGCCAUACUUCACAAUUGUAAAUGCAGAUGUUACUUUUUUGACAAUUGUAUUUGAAAAUUGUUAAAAUAUAUAUGUGUAUACAAUUUUAAAUACUUUUUACUUCAAAAAUAACAUGCAGAGCAGUUCACAUUUGUAAUUCAAUAUUGACAUAGUUGAGGAAAUAUUGUGUAUAUAAAUGAGAGAGAGAGAAAAGGAGAGAUAUUGUGGUAUGUCAGACAUAAAAUUGCCACACUAUUUUAAUGUGAUUGUAGUAAUGAGAAAUUCAUUCUGACAACUCAUUUAAUGAGGUGUAGCUUGCAAGUUAUCUAAACAUGACAGUGAUCUUAAUGUCUGCCAAGUGUCAUUUUAAUUUGAACAUGUAUAAUUCUCAAAAUAUGAAUGUACAUUGCAUGCAGUUUACAUAUCUAUGUAAUGAACCAGUGGUUUAUUUAAAUUGUUGGCAUGCUGUUUGAAUUUCAACAGUUUUUUGUACUUACAUAAACAUUUGAAUUUUGCAUUUGAUCAGUUUGCCCUGUAAAUUUCAGUAUUUGUGUUUAAUAUUAUAAAAAUAUAAGAAUAUUUGUUUUAUAGUAAAAGGUGAUUGUUUACAUAGACACUCCUUGAGUUUAUGUGGAAGAAUGUGAGACUGUUUUCCUACAUUGUCUGUUACUAGAGAAUUUGGUACUGUGAAAUUCUUCAGUACUUUUAGCAAUUGUAACAUAAUAAAUGUAGUCGUUGAACUCCCUGUAGAAAUGUCAACUGACUACCAACUGUACCUACAAGCUUUAUGUCAAAAUUUGCGCUUUUACCUUUCGCAUUCUGAAAUUUGUUUGUGAUAUGAGAUGUUAGGUAUUUGUUCCUCAAUAAUUUGUUAAAUACAGGAUGC